UCGGGCUGCUACAGCACACAGCUUAUUCACUCCCUCAACAUGGCGAGAGUCGACGGUGCCUUCGUCCCCCAUACAUCCAGUGGAGUUUGCUUGUCACAGUUGGCGACUGUCUGCGCGGCUCUGGCUCAAUUAUGAAGAGGAGAAGAUGGAGAAGUUUUCGGCGAGCAUUUCCGACAUCUCCUGGAGCGCCGUGGCGCUGCCGCUGGACCUGGUGGUCAGCAAAUUCAGACUGCCGACCCUUGUGAGACUCAACCCAGGAGAUCAUGUGGAGGGUUUGUCUGAGGAUGACGUGGUGCUGCUGCACUCGUGUCGCCAGUGGACCACUGUGACUGCCCACAGUCUGGAGGAGGGCCACUACGUCAUCGGACCCAAGAUAGACAUCCCCCUGCAAUACCAGGGCAAAUUUAAGCUGCUGGACCAGGACCGCGAUGUCCGGGAACCGGUGCAGUAUUUUGCGAGUGUGGAGGAGAUCGCUGGAACGUUCCCCGACCGAGUAUUUGUGAUGGAGAACAUCACCUUCAGUGUAAAGGUCGUGUCCGGAGAGUUCAGUGAGGACAACGAGGUGUACAACUUCACCCUGCAGGCGGGCGACGAGCUCUCCCUCAUGGGCCAGGCGGAGCUCCUCUGUGUCCAGGGCGGCUCGGGCUCCUCGUCCUCCUCCUCCUCGUCCUCCUCCCGGGGCGAGCGCUCGCGCCUGGGCGCCCUCCUCCGACGCCUGGGCAAAGCGGGCGCCCUGGGCCGCCCGGCCCGCACCAAGAUGCCCUGCCUGAUCUGCAUGAACCACCGCACCAACGAGAGCCUGAGCCUGCCGUUCCAGUGCAAAGGGCGCUUCUGCACGCGCUCGCCGCAGGAGCUGCAGAUGCAGGAGGGCGAGCACACGGUGCGCGCCAUCAUCGAGCGUGUGCGGCUGCCCGUCAACGUGUCGGUGCCCGCCCGGCCGCCGCGCAACCACUACGACGUGCACGCCAUCCGCGAGGGCCAGCGCUACAAGCUGCUGAGCAUCAUCAGCAAGACGGUGGUGCUGUGCUGCGUGCUGCGCAAGGAGGAAGUCACGCCCUCGCACUUCCUGCUGCUGGCCGACAUGCCGCGCUUCCGCCUGCCCGAGGGCCUGCUGCGGGCCGACCCGCUCUACCAGCAGGUGGCGCUGCAGAGCGCGCUGCGCUGCCAGGCGGCGUUCGACCCGGACGGCUACUCGCGCGCGGUGCGGGAGGCGCGCGCCGACCUCGGGGAGGAGUGCAUGAGCCCGCGGCGGAUCCGCGUCUGCGUGCCGGGGGAGCGUGAGCUGGGCCGGUCAUUGCAGAGGCUGUCGCUGUGCGUGUACGGAGGAGGAGCCACCUCACACACUCUGCCGCUGUCGCAAGGGUGCCGGGACUCGGUGGGCGACACCAUGUCCACCGCGACGCUGACGCCGACCACCACCACGCACACGGACACGGAGGAGGAGCGGGAGUAUGUGACGCCCGACUGGCCCAUAGAGGAGCCGCAGGAGAUCCCUUAUGAGGAGCUGUGGACCAAUCAAAGUAGCGGAGGCGGCAGCUAUGGCGGGGAGCCGCCCUCCGCGGUUGAAGGGGGCGGGACAAAGUUGGAACAGAACCUCAUCUCCUUCCACUCGUCCUCUUCCUCUCUAGAAGGCCCCCCACACGUUACCAUGGUGACGGGACGAGUACCCACUCCUCCCCCUGUGCCACCCAAAUCAGAGGCAGUGCGGGAGGAGUGCCGGUUCCUGAAUGCGCCCCCCGUCCCCCCGCGCUGUGCUAAGGGCCCCGUGCCCAGUCCACCCGUGCCACCUAGAUUUCCUAAAGCCUCCACCUCUCACACACUCAGUCCCAACCUGUCCUACUACUCCUCUGGGCUGCAGGAAAGCUCUGCUCCUCGUAGUGGGAACUGCUCUCCAUGUCCAGACUCGUACUCCCUCUACUGUUACCCCUGCACCUGGGGCAGCGACUGCGUGACCCCCGUGACCUCCGCUCCCUCGGACGCGCCCAGCAACCCACCCCUCUCCUCCGCCGCCGCCAGCGCAUCUCUGCCUGCCCAGGCCACCUGGUCCCACCCCCGGGCCACCUUCUGUCCAAUCAGCACGCCCUCUGCCCCUCUCCUGUCCUCAGACUCCGCCCACAAGAGUUAUUCCAGCUGCCCGCGGCCGCGGCCUGUUUCCCAGAGCCGCUUCGCUCCGUUCGGCGCCCUCAACCCGUUCGCCAACCCGGGCCACGCGCCCUCGUCCACUUCCUGCUCGUCCUCGCCGGCUGAGUGGCUGACCGCCGGCCGAAGUCCCUCGCCCGGCCCCUCGCUGCUUGCAGCCGACGCGACCGGCCCGACGCUCUCCGUGGAAUCGGAGGAGCCUGGCGCUGGGGGAGACUUGGGCACGGGCCCCACGCCCACGCCAUCUCCGCGCCGGAUCAGGUGCCCUGGAGUGGCUGAGAGCCUUAUCGUCAGCCCCUCCCCCACGGCAGCCGAUCCAAUCAGAGGGGCGGAGGGCGGGGCCUCCGACGAAUGGCGUCCACCGGCCGAGCUGUGCAUGCUCUCGGUGGAGGAGGUGUCUUCGUGCUUGCGCUUUAUCGGCCUGUCCGAAGAGGUGGUGGCGCUGUUCAGCCGCGAGCGCAUCGACGGCUCCAUCUUCACCCAGCUGAGCGAGGAGAUCCUGGCCGACGACUUCAGCCUCACCAAGCUGCAGGUCAAGAAGAUCAUGCAGUUCAUCAAGGGCUGGAGGCCCAAGAUCUAGCUGGCCACCGCAGCACCACGAGGCCCAGACAGACACGGAACACUACGUACAGAACGCAGAGGGAUCUGGAUGCAACUACAGCACAACCAUUACCACAGAACACUACAGCUGCUUGUUUGACUGACAGACUGAACGUUGAGGGGCUCAGUUCUGGUCUGUUUAGGCAAGUUAGAAUGUUCCAGAAGUGUUCUUGGAACAUUCUGGAACAAUAAAAAAAAAAAAAAAUGGUGGAUCAGGUCAAAAUAUUUACAAGUUGGGUUUCUAAGAUCACACUUCCAAACCCAAAUUCACACUAACUCCAGACAAGACCAACACACACACAAGAGGAGAGGAAAGCAGACCACAACACACUGGGGUCUGUGACAUGCUUGUGUGUUAUCUUGCGGUGUGUUGAGUCCUUGAGUAUAACCCUUGUGCAGUGCCACUUACCCACAGCUGCAACCACAACACUGACCUCUGGUGGACAAAUGCGUGUCAAGGCGUCCUGCUACACUGAUGUGAUGAGGUUGACUGAAUGCCUGAAUGCUUUUCCCUUCACCAGAACCCCCUCCCCACACCCUAGGUUGGUCAUCGGACAUGCGUGGGUGCUUGAUAGGACUAGAUGUUUUAUGUUAGAUACGCUAACAAGAGUGAAAGGUUGAAGUGUGUGUAAGUGCUUAUAAAACAUACGCGUCAUGUGCUGGUAGGUUACUCUUGGGGCCAGUUUUGUUAAGCAGUGCGACCCCCCCGUGUGAAAAAGAGCUGCCCAAGCACGGUGUGAAAAACUGCCCAUCAGGCUUAAAGGGACUGCCUGCUAUUCUGAUUCAGUAAAGCUCUCCUCAAUUUCCUCUGUCCAAUCUGUGGGCUCACACACACAGCCCUGGCUCUAUGAACAGGAGCCACCGGCCAUUCAGUAUCUCAACCAAUCACCAUGUUGCUUCAGUUACGCGGAAGGGAGGAGUGUGUGUUUCGACUGGCUGUUGAGUUCAGAUAUCAGCAAGCUUUUGCCAGAAUUUUGGACUGUUCCUUUAAAAAGUAAAAUGUGUUAAAGUACGACGAAGUGACUAACCUCCCAGUCAAGGAACUUUUGUGUUGUUGUACAGAGAUUUGUGAUUGUUGGUGUAUUUCUGUAAGAAAUGUGUAUGAUUAUGACAUUAGUGAAAGAUACUGGUUUAUCCAGUGCCUGUUGAAUUUAGGUCCUGUGUACAUGUGCCUUCAGAAUUGGAGGAACUACUUCUCAAGUGACCUGUAUGGAGAGGCGCCAUUGGCCGAUGAGACAUUGAUUGACAGCCAAAUGGGCCUCUACCGCUUGCCUCUCUGAGGGAGUAACAGCGCUUGCCAAUCAGAGAUUCAAAUGGCGGUCGACAUGCCAGACACCAUCACUACUUCACAUCACUUCUCCAUUCCCUUUUUAACCUUCUAAAUAUUCCUUUCUGAAACAUUUAUGUUCUUUUCCCUCUCGGUGGGAUAAAGUCUCCACUGAGCUAGACCCUUACAGAACAAUGUGAUGCUCCAUUUUGUUCCAUACGUCCAGAUGAUGGCGAGGAAUUGUUUUGAUUUUUGGGAGGUGAUGCGGCACCACGUCUAGAGUAGGAAUGUCCUACUUACAGAGACCAAGUUCAGAAUGGUUCUCACAUACUCUCAGAGAAUGUAAUUAGAGAUUACUAACCCCUGUGUGUGUGUGUGUGUGUGUGUGUGUGUGUGAGAGACACAGUAAUGAGAGGGUGUCAGCAGCAGAAGCAGCGCUGCCUGAACGGUACCCAAAUGUCAGCAGAACCCGCGAGGGGUUGCGCUCCACGCAAAGGACUUCAACCUCUGCAGCUCUGGAAUAAUAUUUAACAUCAGUCUAGUGUUUAUUUCAAUUGUACUGAAAUUUCAUCUCUGUAUAAUUUAAUCCUUUUGGAUUAGUCGCAUCAAUGAAUAAAAACAUACCUAGGGGG